UUAUAUUUAUACACAUAUAUUUAUAUAUUUGACAGUGGGACUAAUUUCAAUAUCGCUGGAAUACAGCAAUUUGAAAGCAGCGAAUCUGAAGAGGCCAGCAGUCAUGAUUUGGAUACAAAUACAUAUGUACUUGAAAGAGAUGUCGCUGAUGACUUUAAUGACAUUCGCAAUACAAUUAUUGACUGGGACGAUGACACAUGGCAUCCAGAUAUGGAGACAGAGACUUCAGAAUCUUCAGAAGAAUAUGACACCAAAGAAAUUGAUUCUGAUUCUGAUGACAGUGAUGCUGACUACUGUCCACGCAUUUGUGUCCGGUCUAGGUAUACUUCAAAGAUGCCCAUUCACUUGGAUGACAUUCAGCCUAUCAGCAUGGAAGAUACAGUCCACGAUGCUUUGGAUUCCCAUGAGCCACAUAUAACUGAGACGCCUACAUCCAAAGAGUCACUUAAAGUCCUGGUUGUGGAUGAUGUAAUAGGACAUCCAGCAUCCAUAGCUUACCAUGACUCUCUGAAGCAACUAGCCCAAUUCCUUGAUUUACCAAUCCAAACAUGUAAAGCUAAAGAGUGUGGAGCAUCUAAACCAUUUGAAAUCAGUGUGACAUCCAGGGGCACAGCUGCUGUUAUUGAAUGGGUAUGUUCUUCUGGUCACACUGUGUGGAAAUGGUCUUCACAGCCCACUAUGAAAUACGGCAUGCUAGUCGGGGACUUCAUGAUGGCCACAAACAUACUGCUUUCAGGCAACAACUAUGCCAAAAUAUCACUUCUCUUCAAAUUUAUGAAUAUGGGCAUGGUAAAGAAGCCAGUUUUCUUUAAGAUACAGGACACCUACUGUGUUGACACCAUAAAAGAAUUCUGGCAUUCAAAGAGAGCUGAAGUCAUCAACCAGUUAAAGUCCAAAGAAUCUAUAGUAGUACUAGGAGAUGCUAGGAUGGACAGUCCAGGGUUCUGUGCACAAUAUUGCACAUACUCCUCCAUGGACAACGAGACCAAAAAAAUAAUCUGCAUGGUCAACAUUGAUAAACGGGAAACGCAGAGGAACUCGGUGAUAAUGGAAAAGGAAGGCUUUAUUCGCAGCUUUGAAACUCUCUGUCACGAGCUCCAGGUUACAGAAUUUUGCACAGAUGCACAUGCCCAAAUAUCUGCCCUCUUCAACAAAGGGAAAUACAAAGAUAGUGGCGUCAUGCACACACUGGACAUAUGGCAUGGUGCUAAAUGCUUAGGCAAAAAAGUUUAUACGGCAGGGCAGCAGAAGGACUGUACUAUUUUACAGAGCUGGAACAAGGACAUAUGCAGGCUCAUAUGUGUGGGGAAAGAUAAACUAUUAGAGUAA